CAGAGUUUGCUUAAGCUCUCCAUGCUGCUCACCACUCUGCUCACUCCAGCAUGGCAAGACUGCUUUUCCUGCUGUUUGUUGCCCUAGAACUUGCUUAUUACUGUGAUGGCCAGUUCCAGUCUGCAUUUCAAAACCACGCGUCUUUAAAGAAGGCGAACUGCACUGAUGGGUCAGAUGAAGCCUUCUGUGGCUCUUGUGACUUUGAAAAGGACACAUGUGGAUGGAAUGACACCAGCAAUGGUGCAUUUCGGUGGAGGCUGGAGAUGGCCAACAUCAGCAGCAUUCCGGGUGUGGACCAUACCACUGGAUCACCAUGGGGCCAGGUCAUGCAUGUAGACGGUGAAGACCCUGCAAUGUUCUCAAAGGCCAUUUUGGAACGCACCUUUAUACAGUCCACUGCAGUUGGGUGUCAGAUAAGCUUUUGGUAUCAUCUUCAUGACCCUAUUGGUUUGUCCUCGCACUUUGCCCUAAGCAUGGUCACCAAUGGGUCAUCUCUGGUCUUGUGGGAGAUUAAGAAAGGGCAGACUGAUGGUUGGGUGAAUGCCUCAGUGAGACUUGGGAACCGUCCUGAAGGUUUCAAGCUGGUGUUUUCUGUGGAUCCCACACACAUUGGAAAUCAGGAUGUGAUGCUGGAUGAUGUUAGGCUGACAGGCUGUGCCGAAGGGGAUGUUCCUGCAGGCUCCGAGCAGCUUAGCUGUGACUUUGAGAAGGACCUAUGUGGUUGGUAUCCAGACCAGUCUGCCAGCCUCAACUGGGAGAGGGCCAAUGGCCAGAAACCAUCACUGGACAAUCAGGGACCAGGCUAUGACCACACAACUGGUUCUGGUUAUUACAUCUAUAUUGCACCAAAAAGGAGCUCCAACCCCUCACAGACAGCCAGACUUGUCAGUUAUCCCCAGCAGGGCAAAUGCAUCAGCUUCUGGUAUCACAUCUAUGGCGGUAGCAUUGGCUCUCUCCGAUUCAUCUCCAAGAACACUGAAGGAUCGGAGACAGUGGUGUGGAUGAGGACGGGGACUCAGGGCAACAAAUGGCACUUUGUACAACUUAGUUUUGACACCACUGACAACCCAGUUCAGUUCAUCUUUGAAGGUAUCUUGGGAGGUACAGACGGCAGCAUUGCUGUGGAUGACGUGCAGGUGUGGAGCAGUGUGAACGGUUCAUGUCUGGAUAAGAGAGAGUGCACGUUUCAGAGUGGUCUGUGUGGACUACAGCCUGAACCUGCAGCACAUUUCCCCUGGGUCAGGACCACCGGACAGCAGGCCGUAGGCUCUGCUAACCCACCCACAGACCACACUCUGGGCACUGAUCAAGGCUACUAUCUGAGUGCACAGCUGUGGAAGCACCCACUCGGUAGCCGAGGCAGCAUGCUGACUCAGGUCAAUGAGCCCACUGCAGAGAACGGGCAGUGCUGGAUGUUCUGGUAUCACAUGGCCGGGAGAGACAAUAGCUCUCUCAGUGUAUACCUGCAGCAGUCACACAACAGCAGCACUCGUGUUCUUCUCUGGAGCCGCAGCAUAGAGCAAGGAGAGCUGUGGAGACACAGCAAAGCCACUGUACUCAGCCCUCACAGCACUUACCAGGUCAUCUUUGAAGCGGUGGUUGGAGACGGUCAGGUUAAGGACAUUGCUAUUGAUGAUCUGUCUGUUCUGAAUGGGCCCUGUCCUCCUAACGGGCUGUGUGACUUUGAGAUGGAUCAGUGUGGCUGGGUUAGCAGUGCUCUCAGUGUCCACAGUGUGGCCUGGAGCUGGACCUCUGGAACCAGUGCCUUCGGGUUCGCACCAGAGGUGGACCACACCACCAAUUCUGCCCUAGGGCACUACAUGGCAUUCGACACAAAGUACACCUCAGAGGAGCAGAUUGCUUACCUUCAGAGUGAGCUGAUGCAGCCAGUUGACCACGCCUGCCUGGAGUUCUGGUACUACAUGAACAUGUGGGGCACUGUAGAUAAGCUAACAUUAACUGUGUUUGUGAAUGAGUCUGGCAAGCUCCACUUCCUGUGGAAUCAGACAGGUGUGCAGGGCAAAGUGUGGAACAAAGUUACUCUGGAUUAUGCAGCAUCCAAAAAUUACCAGCUUGUGUUUGAGGCCAAGCGGCCACCCUACGAUGAAGGGGUCAUUGCCUUGGACGACAUCCACAUCAGGGAGAACACAGGCUGCUCUGACUUGAUCCCUACUACACCCGCCCCCACCACAGAGCCCACCACACCCCCUCCAUCCUCCAUGGACUGCAGCUUUGAGGAAGGGCUGUGUGACUGGGUUCAGGAAGCUGAGCAUGGAUUUGCUUGGACUCGUCAAAGGGGAUUGCAGGUAGACACAACGGCCAAAGGACCCUUUUAUGACCACACCAUUAAAAACAGCAAUGGGUUUUACCUGCUUCUAAAUAUGUCUGGAGAUAAAGACAGCAAGACAGCAGCCAUUUCUGUCCCUGUGACUAUGCAGGCUACCAGUGUCUGUGUUGAAUUCUGGUAUUACAUGUUAGGAACUUCGGUGGGAAACUUGGAUCUCCUGGUUAAAACGAAAACAGCAGAAACAGUUGUUUGGACUAGAACAGGCACAGAAGCUGCUGAGUGGCUGAAAACCCAGGUUACAAUCAGCAUCGACGACACACAGAGAGUGAAAAUCUCUGGAAGCAGGAAAACUAAAAGCAGUGGCUUUAUAGCCAUAGAUGAUGUGAGAGUGAGUCCUGGUGCCUGUGUAGAUCACAAUCCAUGUGGUUUUGAAGACUCCUCACUGUGUGGGUUUGAGAAGGAUGUGAGUGACAGCACUCACUGGCUCCACAUGAAUGGCAGCACUGGCCAUAUUGAUCACACUUACAGAACUCAACUGGGUCACUCAAUGGCUGUUUUGGGAUCGGAGCUUCUAAAGCCAGAGACUACACAUCUGCUAACGCCAGAGUACAGCAGAACUACUGAAUCCUGUCUGCAGUUCUGGUAUUGGCUGGCUGCUGGCCCCAAGGAUUCCCUCACUGUGCAUGUUUAUCUAAAUGGAGAGCUGGGACCUGCUUUGUGGUCUCUCUCUGGAGCACCCUCCACAGGCUGGGACUUAGCAGAGGUCACUGUGUCCUCUCCAUCCAAAUUCAGGGUAGCAUUCAGGACAGAACUAAGCCCCGCCCAAGAGUCUUUCAUUCUCCUGGAUGAUGUGUCGGUGAGAGACGGCACCUGCUUUCCCACAGGAAGUUGUGAUUUCGAGUCAGGGUUGUGUAUGUGGAUGAACGCUGCCAACAGAAGCUCAGACAGCCAUGACUGGGUCCAUUCAGAUGGACACUCUCUCGGCCCUCGGGUCGAUCAGACUACACACACUGCCUAUGGCAGGUUUAUGCUGAACCCGUCUCAGACAGGUGGUCCAGGACAGGGCAGCAGAGCGGUGCUUAUCUCUGAGCGGAUCUUACAGAACUCUAACUCCUGCUUCUCUUUCUGGUACCACAUGAACGACAGUGACUCGGGGACCUUGCGAGCAUUUCUGGAUGCAGAGAAAGGCAGAGAGCUGAUGUUUGAAACAAGUGCUGCUGGACACAGCUGGAGGAACUUCUCUACCACAGUGUCUGAGACCAACCCUUUUCAGAUUCUUCUAGAGGCAGAGUCUGGAAAUGGUGGAUUCAUUGCUGUGGAUGACAUUACAGUUAUGAAAGGGCAGUGUGAAGAUGUGGCUGAAGUGAGUGGGGUGUUUGUUGGAUGCCAGUUUGAGACAGACAGCUGUGCAUGGAAGGAUGUGAGUGUGGGGCAGUUUGCCUGGCAGCGAGAUCGCAAUGGCACAACUACUGCUAACACUGGCCCCUCGGUGGACCAUACUACUGGAACAGAGCUGGGCUGGUACAUGGCAGUAGAGGCCAGUCGUGGAGAUCAGAACAGUUAUGCUGCACUGCAGAGUCAACCCAUGAAGGAAGCCAGCACUGAGUGUGUGCUUGAGUUCUACUACCACAUGUAUGGAGAGGGCAUUGGGGAGCUAAAGGUGUUCCUCCAGGAAGACUCAAGAAGAACUCUUCUAUGGUGGAAGUCUGGUGACCAUGGAGAUGAGUGGCGUCAGGCGGAGGUGGCAGUGGGUCGCACUCAUCAAGUAUUCACUGUCCUCUUUGAGGCCACCAGAACCUUCAGUGAGCUUGGUGACAUCGCCAUAGAUGACAUCACCUUCCUGAGCUGUUCACUCCCAGAGCCUCAGGAAUCAUGUCCAGCAGGAACAUUCACAUGCUCCAGCAAUGUAUGUGUGGAGAUGAGCAGAGUGUGUGACUUCAGAGAUGACUGUGGAGAUGGAAGUGAUGAAGCACGCUGUGAGGAGCUGGGUUACAAGCACCGCUGCAGUUUUGAGCACGGCAUGUGCUCAUGGGAGAUUAAUGAGGGAGGGCCUGAGUGGAGUCUGGAGAGAGGAGAGUGGGCAUGGCCAGUGCGUGGACCACCUAGAGACCACACCAGAAACACAGCAGCAGGUCAUUACAUUGUCCCUGUCCCUAUGCAUUCUGCAAGCCAGACCGCAGAGAUCAUGUCUAGCACUCUCCUCCCCAGCUCCAACUGCACUGUGAGCUUCUACCUCUUUUCCCAUGGUAACAACUCCAUGGGCAGACUGAGCACACGGCUGCGGAUGGUCCGCAGUGGAGAUGAUGACAUCAUUCUCUGGGGGCGGAGUGUGAGACGUGAAUUUCACUGGCAGAGAGCAGAGAUCACUUUCUCCUCCACAGUAAACACCAAGAUUGUCUUCCAGUUUGUGGGGAGUGGCGAGAGCUAUGAAGAAUUCAUAGCUGUGGAUGAUGUGUCCUUCUCUCCAAGCUGUGUCCAUGACCCUGACAACAGCCAGCUGCCAAUCACACCUCCUACAGCCCCUCCGUCCACACCCACUGCACCCCAAGCUACUCCCACACCCACUGAAUAUCCCUGCAAGGAGGAUGAGUUUCACUGCUGGAGGUCAAAUGGAGUGAUAUGCAUUGCGGCCAGUGCUCAGUGUGAUUACAGUAUAGACUGCCCCCUGGGGGAAGACGAGGAGACCUGCGGACCCUGUACAUUUGAGAAUGGAAUCUGUAAUUGGAUGGAUAUAAGCCAGAACAGUAACAAGUGGCAGAGAGUGAAGGCUAGUACUAACACUCAACCCCCUGCUGACCACACCACAGGAACAGGUCACUACAUGCAGGUGGAUUUCAGCUCAGGGGCAUCUGAAAAUGAGGCACAGUUUCAGAGCCCAUCACUGCCAGCCAGCUCCCCCUACUGCCAAAUACAGUUUCAUUUCCACAUAGGCAGAGGAGGCAGUGUAGGGGAUCUCAAUGUGCUCCUGCAGAAUGGAGAGGGAAAGACAGCACAACUCUGGACACGCAAUCACAGCACUGCAGCACACUGGAGCCUGGAACACCUGGCCACUGGGAAACAACAACAACCGUACAGGAUUGUCUUCAGUAGUCGGAUCACCUCAGUAGAGAGUACUUCUAAACCUGUGUACCGUGCCGUUGCUCUGGACGACAUCUCUUUCCUGAACUGUGAGACAUCAUAUCAGCCACCAGCUGUGUCUGCUGCUGGUUGUUCCUUUGAGAAAGACCUGUGUGGGUGGGUGCAGGGAAGUGCUGAGGACUUGCACUGGAUCAGAAAGAGUGGACCAACUGAAACAGCCAACACUGGACCUGCAGGAGACCACACCAGCAGCCAAGGAUAUUAUGUGUAUGUUGAAAGCUCAAGGCCUAACACAAAAGGGCAUGUAGCUCAGUUGAAGUCUCCUCUUCUUCCCUCUGCUGGAGAGAAAGGGUACUGCCUUAAAUUCUGGUACCACAUGUUUGGAGCAACAAUUGGAUCACUAAAAUUGUUUCUGCAGAAUAUUGACUCCAGGAAGACAACACUGAUAUGGCAGAGGGUGGGCUCUCAGGGGAAUGAGUGGCAGCUGGUCCAGAGCCAUGUGACCCUACAAGAAGUUCAUCGGAUACUGAUAGAUGCCUCAAUAGGUGGCGAGGCUGGGGAUAUUGCUAUAGAUGAUUUAUGGUUUGCUGAAGGAGCUUGUUCCCCCGCAGGGGGUCUGUGUGACUUUGAGAAGGGGAGCUGUGGUUGGAUGCAGCAAGCUGAUGAUGAUCUUGACUGGAUUAGAGGAUCAGGAAAUGAUCCAGUCCUAAACUCCAAACCAAGCUUUGACCACACAACCAACACAGAGAGUGGAUAUUACUACUACAUUGGCUCUGACUCUCCCCAUGUGCCAGGACACAGUGCAAGAAUGAGCUCUCCUCUCUUCACCACAGGAUAUGGACAGUGCCUUCAACUAUGGUAUUACAUGAGUGGGCAGCAACCAGGAACCUUGAAUGUGUAUCAGGAGCACUCGAGUGAAGAUCGGUCUCUGCUGCUGAGCCAGUCUGGAGAGCAGGGCAAGCUGUGGAGGUUUGCUCAAGCACCACUGCUGAACACUUGGUCUGACUACAGAAUUGUGGUGGAGGGCAUAAAGGGCCAAAGUGAUGAAGGCACCAUGGCUAUAGAUGAUGUGCAACUGUCCAGCUACCCCUGCACUGGCCCAGGCCACUGUGACUUUGAGGUGAACAUGUGUAGCUGGAGAAAUGUGAUUGAUGGGGAUUAUACAGAUUGGCUCAGACAGCAGGGAAACUCUCGAGCAACAAGCACGGGCCCCAGUGUGGACCACACAACCAACUCUUCCAUAGGUUAUUACCUGUAUGUGGACAGUACGGUGGGAAAGCAGGGAGACCGAGCAUUGCUGCUUAGUGAGAUAUUCUCCCCAGACAGCUUGGGACAGUGUUUCACAUUUUGGUACCACAUAUAUGGCCAUAAAAUAGGGACUUUCAAUGUAUAUGUAAAUAACAGGACCAUGCAUGGCAGUGGGAACAGUCUUGGGCAGCUGAUGUGGACGGAGUCAGGAAAUCAGGGGGAUGUGUGGCUGAGAGGCAGAAUCUAUAUUCAUCAAAAAGAGUCAUUCUGGUUCAUGCUUGAGUAUCAGAAGGGUAAGGGAUCUAUUGGAAAUGUGGCCAUUGAUGACCUUCACAUUACCUCUGGAUCAUGUGAACCCCCACCUACAGCAGCCCCUUCUGAUGCAGUAGGAAUAGCAGUGGGCGUAACACUGAUGAUACUGAUGGUUGUCAUAGCCUGCAGUGUCGUCUAUGUUCUACGGAGGAGACAAUCAAACAGAGAACCCCUCAUUGAAAACAACAUGCUGGAAAGAAACGUGUAUGAUCUCUAUGACUGUGAAAUACAAGAUUCACAGUCAUGAAGGGAGACCUUUCAGCUCAUCCAUGCUAAUACUUCAAGAGAACAAACAGAAUCAACCAAUAUCAAUGGUCAUUCUACUCCAUACCACUUCCAUUUCUGAAUAACUGUCUAUGCUCAUUCUAUUCUUUUGUCCCUUAACAUUCACUGUGGUCCAAAUGCAAUUGUAAUUGUAAUUCAAAGUAAACACGCAUUAAUACAUUAUUAUUAUAAUUAUUAUUAUUAUUGACAUGCAAAUGAACUGUAUUCAAAUCUAUUUGGUAAGAGAUGAUGUAUUCACCUUAUAGAAUACGUGUGAUUUUUACUUACAAAAUGAAAGGAUGCUCGAAAUGACUGCAUGUCAAGGUGCUGUACAUCAUUUUUAGAAAACAAUGCUGCUCAAACACACUGAUCAUCAUGUGCCAAUCUACACAGCACGCAGAGCUCCUGAGUAAAAAUACCUUUGUAAGAACUUGUAAGACCUACAAAGGAAAUAUAAAGCCUUUUCCAGCAUGCAGUAGCGCAACUCAACUCAAAUACGACAUGUAUAAAUGUCUAUUCUAGUCAAACGGUUUUGCUGAAACUGAAAUAUGGGUAUGCGUUUUCAGACGUAUGCAAGAUGUAUCAUUUUGACUUUAUCACUUUUCUUGUCUAGUCCUUCCUUGGUGGACACUUUCUGAUCACAGGACCACCAUUGCCUAUAUGUGUUUGGUUGGUGGGCUGUUGUAAAUUAACACACUUAACAUACAAGUUAUAUGCAAAAGUUUGGGUACCCCUGGUCAAACUAACUUGUUUUGUUGGUUUUCUAUGUGAAAGCAAUACACAUCCUGUACAGUAAACACACUUCUGCAUAUUAUGGGUAAUACAUAAUGGACAAUGACUAUUUGCUGAAUUUAACAAACUGAGGAAAAAAACAAAUAAAAUGUGAGUUGUGCACAUUUUAUAUUUUUGAUCAACUCUGUAAAUAAAUACCUGCAACCCUGAGGGAG